AUGCUGCUUAGCGCCCCCAAGACAACUUGUUUACUUUUCCCCAACGAGAGUGAAUUCAUCACUGUUUUGGAAGUCGGAGUGCAACGAGAACUCUCCCCGAGCGUCAACUGCAAAUCCGCCCGAAAGCAACCCAAGCCGCCCAAAAUUAGCCAGAAGCCAAAAGGCAGACUCGGAUCAAAAGCCGGCCUACUUGCGACCCCUCUAGAGCCUUCGAUUCUAUCAACAAUUAUUGUGAAGUCAAUUAUUCAAAGGAAUCAUUUCCGACAUGCAAAGGUUGAACUCGGCCUAUACCUUCUGUUUGACUCGGAUACUGGGCGAAAUCCUCCCGCCACACUUACAGGACCCGAGUCUGGCUCCUCUCCUCAAGAUUAUUGGCUAGAUUCCUCAGAAACCUCAAUAUCCUUCAAUGAUUCUCUACCCUCCCAUCUUUUCAACCCUCCACGUCUACCUAUAAUUCAAUUAGUCAAGAAUUGGUGGCGGUAUCGGUGA